UGGCGCGGGAAAUGAACGGAGUUUGGCGGCGCGCAGCUGCAGGUCCUGCUUUGUUCGCUGCAGAGCUGCUGCACGGUGACUUUCUCCACGGCACCCCAUCUAAAGGAAGAAGAAAACAUGCCGCUCACCCGCUCCAAGAAACUGGUUGCCCAGUCUCCGUCCACGAGAAUGAGCCUGAGGAGCUUCCGUAGUGUCCCGCUGGUUCCCAUGGAGACCUCGUCCUCCUCCUCUGAUGACAGCUGCGACAGCUUCGGCUCUGACGGAGGGUUUGCGAAUACGAGGAGAAGCCUGAAGGAGACGAGGAGGACCCCAGAGAAACCGAAAAGGUUCGAGGCCACGCCGGAGGAGGACACAUGCAGCGGCUUUGAGGAGAAUUUGAUCAGCAGGCAAAUCAAAGCCAUGAAAGUUGACAGUGAGGCUCCAAGACAUGGCCGCAGGUCCAAUGUCCUAAAAGUUGCCAUGACGUUCCCCAACAAGAAGACGGGCAGUAAGAGGCCUGCGUCUGAACCUCUGCCUCAGCCCAACGUGCAGGACUCUGACUCCGAGGAGGAGAACAUCAUGAGCAAGAGAGCUCUGAAUAUCAAGGAGAACAAAGAAAUGCUUGCAAAGCUUUUAGCAGAACUGAACAAAGUACCCGGACUCCUUCCAGGAAAACGGAUGGCGAAGCCAGCUUCGACCCCGAUGAGACAGAGGCCUCAGGGGUCGCCAUCCACAGGCUUCGUUAUGCGGAGAUGCUCAGAUCGGUUGUCCCCGCCCCGCACUCGGUCCCAGGGUCCCGUUGAAGGCCGCCAGCUGAGGAGGCGGACUUCCAGCCCGCCUCCUGAGGAGGACGCCAGCGACAAGUUCAGCCUGGUUAGAAAAAGCCCCUACUACAAGGAAGUGGACGAACCUCUGCGUCGCCGAUCCUUCACCAAGGCCAUCCCUCACGUGGUGCGGCCCGUGGAGGACGUCACCGAGUGGGAGCUGCAGAGGAUCUGCUACAACGUCCGAGAGAAAGUGUACAACAGCGCCACUGGCUCCACCUGCCACCAGUGCCGACAGAAGACCACCGACACCAAAACCAAUUGCCGUAACCCAGAAUGCAUGGGGGUGAGGGGCCAGUUCUGCGGCCCGUGCCUCCGUAACCGCUACGGAGAGGAGGUCCGGGAUGCUCUGCUGGAUCCGGAGUGGCAGUGCCCGCCGUGCAGAGGGAUCUGCAACUGCAGCUUCUGUCGGGCCAGAGAAGGCCGCUGUGCCACCGGCGUGCUGGUCUACCUGGCUAAAUACCACGGCUUUGAUAACGUGCACGCCUACCUGAAAAACUUGAAAAAGGAGCUGGAAGAAGACAGCAGCAAGUGAAAAGUGGAGGAGAAUCUGCUGCGGAUGUUCUUGACGAGCGACCAGUCGACGCAUUACGUUGUUCAGUGUUUUGAAGCAUUGCAAUUGUUUCUGUUAAGGUUUUUUUAAUCGUACUGGUUCUCCAACUUCUGAAGCUAACGUUUUUCAGCCACAGAUUAAGACUGUUUUGUAAGCUACAACUGUGGAAAUUGUAAUAGUAAUUGCCCAGGACUCAAUCUGCAGUCUUAUCUGUGAUCAAAUUAAAUCGGUGCAUACGUUGCCUUCCAGGCUUUAGACUGACCCUUUGUUUCAGAUGUAUUUGAAACGGCGUUAAAUCGAAUCAGCCUCUUCUGUGGCUUCAAAUUGAUGCUUGUGUUUUUACAAGUUGCUUUUUUAUAUUUGCUUGUUUUGAAUAAAAGAAAGCCUUUUUUUUUCCUGCCUGUUGUUCUCCAAAAUGUCCCAGGGAUCCUCCCGCUGUAGGUUGGGGGGAGGAAAGGGCACAUAGAGCGAGGUCCACUGCCUUCCUCCUCUAAACCGCGAGGCGCCGUGAUAAACUGCAGCGCCCGGUUAAAUAUCCUUCAUUAGAUAACUGUCACUAAUGGUGUGGAAACAAUUAGCACACUCUAAUGGGAAUCUCAUACCUGUAAAUCACUUUCCCUUGUUAAGGCACGUUCUUGCUCCGCGCCAGCCUCCGCGGCUCAUUUUCUGCUGCUCCAAUUGUCGAGCAGAAAUGGCUGAAGGUGCCACUGAAGUGCCGGCAGAGUUAUAGGCUGCGUUUUUUCUGCUCGAGGCUCUGAUCCUCCAAAGGAAAUUAACCUUUUGUUCUGUUCAUUGUUUAAACGUACUCCGUUUGACCUGUGGUUGGAGGACGCUCAAUCGUAUGAUGCUGUUGCAAAAAAAAAAAAAUGUGAUCGGUUAAGAUUUGUUUUUGUCUUUUGCUGUAUUUGCAGGUGGUGGUCGUUAUACUGGCGUGUUCUGUUUGCCAAACGCAAAAGGAAAUGUGCUUUGCGCUCAUUGUGUUUUAUGUACAUGUUCAAUAAAGCGUUAAUCGGUGCAGAAUC